CGAAACGACACGCACCAAGAGACACAGGCUAAGCAUUCAGCAAUGGCGAGCACACCGUGCUUGAGUCGUCUUCCCCUUCUCUCCGAGUUAGGCAUCGCAAUCCUCACGCUGCUACUGCCGGUCAGCCAUGCAGGUGUGUGCCCGCCGUGCGGCUCGACGGCCGUGCCGUACCCGCUCAGCACCGCGGACGGCUGCGGUGAUCCGGCGUACAAGGUCCGGUGCGCAGCUAACUCGUCGACGCUCUUCUUCGACGCGCUCAACGGUACUUCGUACCCGAUCACCUCCAUCUCCCCUGUGGCGCAGCGCCUGGUGGUCUCGCCGGCGCCGUUCGUGUCGCAGGGCAGCUGCAUCUCCGAGGGCGCUCCGGUCGCGCGAGGAGUGCAGCUGAACGCGUCGCUGCCGUUCAACGUGAGCUCUUCGAACACCAUCAUGCUGCUCAAUUGCACGCAGGCGCUCUUGCUGUCGCCGCUCAACUGCUCCUCCAACUCGCUCUGCCACGUCUACGCCAACGCCACGGGCUCCACGGCGUCGGCCUGCGCGCCGCUGCCGCUCUGCUGCACGUUCGUGGCCGGAGGCUCUUCGACGUCGUACAGCAUCCGGGUGUCGCCGCAGUUCUGCAGCGCGUACCGGAGCUUCGUGGGGCUCGACCCGGUGCAGCCGCCGGUGACGUGGGGACGCCGGCUCGGGCUGGAGCUGCAGUGGUCGACGCCCAGGGAGCCACUCUGCCGCACGCAGGCCGACUGCGAGAAUGGCACCAACGCCACCUGCGCCGACGACCCGCUCGCGCCCUCCGGCGCCGGCACGGUCAGGCGCUGCUACUGCGUAUCCGGAUUCACGUGGAACCCCCUCGCCGGCGCGUGCCAGCAGAAUCCCUCGAAUUGCCAGAGCACCUGGGACUGCGGGGGAUCCAACUACGCAACUCUCAUUGCAGGACUUGUCUGUGGCCUUGGCGGCGCGGUGCUGCUUGCCGCCGCGGGGCUGUUGGCCUACCGGCGGCAGUGCCGAAUCCGGCUCGCUCGCGAGAGGUUGGCCAAGGAGCGCGAGGAGAUCCUGAACGCCAACAACACGAGCGGGCGCACCGCCAAGAACUUUUCUGGGCGCGAACUGAAGCGCGCCACGGGCAACUUUUCCCGCGACAACCUCCUCGGUGCUGGCGGCUACGGCGAGGUUUACAAGGGCCUGCUCGGCGACGGCACUGUCGUUGCCGUCAAAUGCGCCAAGCUUGGCAACACCAAGUCCACGGACCAGGUCCUGAACGAGGUGCGCGUGCUGUUGCAAGUUAACCACCGCAGCCUCGUGCGUCUGCUUGGUUGCUGCGUCGACCUGGAGCAGCCGCUCAUGGUGUACGAGUUCAUUCCCAACGGCACGCUCGCUGACCACCUUUACGGCGGCAAGAGCCGGCCGCCGCUCCCCUGGCGCCAGCGCCUGGCCAUCGCACAACAGACGGCGGAGGGCAUAGCGUACCUGCACUUCGCGGCCAUGCCACCGAUCUACCACCGCGACAUCAAGUCGAGCAACAUCCUCCUCGAUGACCGGCUCGACGGCAAGGUCUCCGACUUCGGGCUGUCCCGGCUGGCAGAGCAAGGGCUGAGCCACGUUUCCACGUGUGCACAGGGGACGCUAGGGUACCUGGACCCCGAGUACUACCGCAACUACCAGCUGACGGACAAGAGCGACGUGUACAGCUUCGGUGUCGUGCUGCUCGAGCUGCUCACGUCGAAGCGCGCCAUUGACUUUGGCCGUGGCGCUGACGAUGUCAACCUCGCAGUGCACGCGCAGCGGGCGGCGGAUGACGAGCGACUCAUGGAUGUCGUGGACCCAGCGAUGAAGGAGGGCGCGACGCAGCUCGAGCUCGAUACCAUGAAGGCGCUCGGGUUUCUAGCGCUAGGAUGCCUCGAGGAGCGCCGGCAGAACAGGCCGUCCAUGAAGGAGGUUGCAGAGGAGAUCGAGUACAUCAUCAACAUCGAGGCUGGCGGCCAUCCCAUAGAGCAGCAGCACAGCACAUAAUCUGCUGCUCGAUGGGUGACUUUACUAAUUACCAGCGAAUCUUCAAGAUAGGUAAGCGCCCCGCUUAGUACACCCUAAUCAAAGCUGAAUAGACAGUGUGUAACAAUGUACAACGGAACAUGCACAAGAGUACAGUACACACGCCAACGAAACUCUAUAACUUCACGUGGAAAUGAGAGACCAAAGUGAGAUGGGUCUUGAUUUAUUUAUGAUGAGUGAUUGAUUAAAUGAUUUGAGACUUCUGAUUAAGUUUAUAUUUCA